UGAUACAGGCCUUUCUGAUCGAUGCUUUUCUUUUCUUUUUCUUUGUUAAUACAUCUGCCUUCCAAACUGAGUUUCUACUACCAUUCCUUCCCUCUCAAUAUCUUCACCACAGCCUCAACCAAUGAAAGGAAUUAAGCGAGAGAAAAAAAAUAAGUUGAAGAUUACAAGAGCUGAACUUUGUUGGGUUUGGGGUUGAGCAAGAACGGGGGAGAGUAUUUGUAGUUUCGUGCUAGAGAAAUUCUCGUGGGUAUUUGAACAAAAAGAAAAAUUCUUUGGUGGAGGGCAGGAUGAAUUCGAUUCGCUUAAUAGUGACCUAAAGCUGGCCUAUGCAUUUAUCAACGAAUCCAGGGGAAAACACAACGAGCAUGAAUUACUGACAGAGGCAAGGAGGCAAUUAAGGGACAUCGCCAAUGAGGCUGAGGAUGUUAUGGAUGCAUUGAAGGUUGAAGACCUGAGGAGGAACUUGGUGUGGAAGAUAAUUCGGUACCCAAUGAUGUGUCAUGAUGCAGCAAAGAAGAUAGAGGGCUUCAACCAUAAAAUCAAUAAAAUCCUGGAUACUGUACAAAGGUACGAAGCGGAAGCUACUCCAGUUGCAGCGGUGGACGUUGCACUGGAAAGACAUAGGAGUGUCAUCAAGGAAACAGACGUGGUGGGCUUCGCUAUUGACUCUACAAAAUUGGAGAAGCAGCUUACGGAAGGGGAUUCAAAGCUUGGUGUCAUUUCAAUCAUCGGCAUGGGAGGGUCGGGUAAGACCACUCUUGCCUGGAAGAUCUACAAUACUCUUCUCGUCGAGAGGCACUUUGUUUGCCGUAUAUGGGUGCAUGCAUCUUUCCAAUUCAGAACCAGGGACUUGCUGCUUGAAAUGUUAAAGUCUGCGAUACCAGAGUCUGACGAAUCCAUGGGGGCACUCGAAGACAUUGAGAGGAUAAAAAGAAGGAGGAUGAACGGAAUCGAAGGCAUGAGUAAAGAUGAAAUGAAAAAAAAGUUGUUCAAAUACUUGGAAGGAAAGCGGUAUUAA